GGAAAGAUAAGAUGGAUAAUAAUCGUGAUAAAUAAAUAAUUGAAGUGUAACAUGCGUUAAAUCUGUAGGCUCAAGUAUCUAUUGUUCAUGGGCGUCAUGACGACAAUCAAGAUGGCAGCAUAGACGCUUGUCAUUUCUAUACCUAUAGGCAUAUCUUCUAGCUUCCUCAAAAUGAAUUCUUCACCUUCACCCGAACUCGUAAGGCCCCUUUCUAAACGAAAAAGAGUAAUGACAUUAGUACCUGGUCCGCCUAUUGGAUUAGUUAUUUGCCUAUCUAUCUGUCUUGGUUUGAUAUCAACGACGUUUAUGGUGGUUGGAGUUUCAACAGACUUUUGGGAAUUAUCCGAAUUUAGUAUAAAUUGUAUAAGAAAAAUAAAAGAUAUAAACCUUAAUGCUUCAAUUUUGGAUAAAGAAAAUGGUUUCUAUUAUCUUCAGAAACGAGAUUUGACUUCUACUAAAUUGAACGUAACUUUUAAAGAGUAUACGGCCUUUGAACAUUUCGGUGGGAUUUGGAGAGUAUGCAAUAAAAUUUCAGACGAGUUUCGUACAAAAUAUAGAAAACAAAUUUACGUAACUGAUCCGAUUGUUGAAAAGUGCUUUGAGUAUAUUACUGAUUAUCCAAAAACAAGAGAUAAAUUAGACGAAAAGGGUAAAUGGCUACUAAGGAUGCAAAAUUCUGCUUCAUCAUGUACAAUUGUUAGUCUUAUGUGUCUAUUAACCGCAUUAAUAACUGGAACCUUUGGAAUACUUUCCAGACAAGUCAGCGCAUGUAUGGUAACAGGAGUUAUGUAUAUUGUUGCUAGUGUAUUUGAUUGUUUUGGACUAAUUAUCAUGCACACGAAAAUGUCUUAUAUGAGAUCAAAUGAAAAAUGCUUUUCCCUGUCUCCAAUCGGUUUCAAUGAUUUAUGUAAUUGUCGGAGUAUAUCUGUUAGUUGGUCUCUUCCAUUUGGCUGGUUGGCUUUCGCUAUGCUAAUUUUCGCUUUUGUAUGUUGGUUAUAUUUAUCAAGACAAUUUAGAUUAGAAAAAGCAAAGGCAAUGAUAUGAUGGUAUAUUAUAUCUUAUUCAGAAUAUUUCUUUGAUAUAAAAAGAGCUCUGAUAAAAUACUCUGACUUAACAAUCUGUUCAACAUGUAACUUAAAGACGUGGUUAACUAUCAGUGAUGUUAUACAUAGAAGUAUAUACAGUAUAUAUCGUAUAAUACUGUGAAAAUAACACAACAAGAUAGUACUGUAUAUCCUCCUUUUAUAUAAAAGAACAUGUUAUUUUUAGUGCAAAGAAUAUCUUCUGAACUUUUUAACUAUGGCUCCUUUUUCUUUAUGAAUGGGGUGCGUUUUGUAGAAUAAAUUUUUGCUAGAAGUUAUAAGCAAUAUUUUUUGCUGGACAAGAGAAUCUGUUUUUAAUUAAUCAUGAAAAAACUCUUUAGACGAAUAAUGAUAUUAUGUAAUCGUGCCAUCAAAAAAUAUUUUGUUUUUAACAAGAAAAAUCCUGUUUUGCACACAAUGAUGAAACUGUACUAGACUGUAACUGUAACUAAUUAAACGAGUGGAAAUCAACUCCAAAAAGCUUGUAAAGAAAGAAAUUAGAAUUACAAAUGUAUUAGAAAAGUACAAUAAGCUAAUAAUGAUUGACUUUGGUUAAUAAACUCCUUUAAAAUGGAUUAAUUUAUUCAUGAAAAAAGAAAUUCUCUAAAAAGAUCUCUUCAGCAAAACAUUUCCCCGUCGUAAAUACAUUAACAUAUAUACCUGAUAUGUAUGAUAUUUACAAUUCCAUGUAUUCAAUGCACUAAUAACUACCCUGUUAUUUUUUUUUUGUUAUACAUUUUAUGCUAUACGUAAAAAGAAGAAAAAUACAACAUUUUUUACCAUUUGCUUUUUUUUAUCUUUCUCUUCCAAUUGUUUUCAUACUAUGUUAUAUUGUAUAUUUGUAUAAACACAUUACCAUUACAUUCUGCGGUGUAUAUCUAGACUUGAAGUAGACGUUUCUUAAAGCGAUUCAAAUAUUAUAAUUAUAGGCUUAUUAGACUUAAGUACAGUUGGAAUACAUC